AUGCAGGACCUCAUGACCACGGAGGCAAUUGUCUGUCACCCCCCUAAAGAUGGUGAGAGGCAGUGGAAGCUUGAGUCCAUUCGUCUCACACCUCCAGGGAAGGAGGAUGUCAUUGUGGAAAUGGUCUCCAGCGGGAUUUGCCAUACUGACCUUGGGUGUGGAAGUCUGCCCGACGGUUCGCCUGGGUUCCCAGUGCCACCAUAUCCUAGGGUUCUCGGGCACGAAGGAGCGGGCAUUGUCAAAGCAGCUGGAACAAACGUCACAAAAUUUGGGGCCCCAGGAUACUGCCACAAGUUCGCCGAGAUCAACUUUACGGGCAGCAAGGAAGCCUUUAUAGGCUCCCCCACUAAGGGCCAGCCAGCAAUCGGCGGCUCGUUCUUUGGCCAAUCCAGUUUUUCAAAGCUUGCCCGAGUUCAGCAGACAUCUAUUGUCAAUGUUUCUGGUGUCAUCCGGAAUCUGGAGGAGCUCAAACUUAUGGCUCCGUUAGGCUGUGGAAUCCAAACUGGGGCGGGAACAAUCACGGAGCUGGCAGAAGCUGGCUCUCGAGAUAAGGUGGCCAUCAUAGGGCUGGGAGGCGUCGGGCUUUCCGCAAUUAUGGCCGCAAAGCUUCGAGGUUGCCAAACUAUAAUCGGCAUCGACCGGGUACCUUCCCGACUGGAAAAGGCUACGUCUCUGGGGGCGGCCGACGUUGUAGACACUACUACUAUUUCAGGAACCUUAGUGGAAGAGAUCCACAAGCUCACAGGCGGCACUGGAACUACCGUUACGGUCGAUGCGACCGGAGUCACCCCCUUGAUAAAGGCGGGCCUUGAAUUCACAGCUAACCAGGGCAAAAUGAUACUCCUGGGAGUUGCUCCUAUGGAGGCCGUGCUUGAUAUUCCCAUUGUUCCGUACACGCUUAGCGGAAAGCAACUCAUGGGGAGCAUGGAAGGAAGCGUCCGGCCUGAAGAUGUCAAGGAUUUUCACCAAGCAAUCAAGGAUAUGGAAGAUGGGGCCACAAUUAAGCCGGUAAUCAUUUGGUAA